AUGCACACUCGCGAAGCUAAAGCGUGGUGGAGCAGGACUCCAGAACCAGGUGAAACCAGCCCCGUAUCAGUCUCAAUCACAUCAAUAGCGUACAGACAGCCUGGGAUAUUCCGGUCGUGGGCCCAGUGCCCAGGGGGGUUGUAUGCCGUUCGGAAACGGACUUUGACGACAACAGAUCCUCUGCCGGAAGCAAAGGGCAAACGGAUAGAAGCAAUUUCGAAUCGCGGGGGAGGUGUCGGGGGGUCCGCCGAUUGCCAAAUGCCGCCUUUAUCAGGCCAGCCAGUGGCCUGUUCUCUCCUCAACUCGCCCUUUCCCUUCCUCUCCGGCAGACUCACUUCGCCGUCGACCUACCCUUCUCUCUUAUUUAAUACCAGCUCCAGCUUUAACUCUUUCGACCUCGAGUUCAUUAUGUCUGCCCCUGUCGAGACCACUCCUGCUGUUGUCGCUGAGAAUCCCAAGGUAACUGAGGAGGUUACCAAGGAGGAGGCUGCCCCCGUCACUACCGAGGCUGCCACUAGCGAAACCCCUGCGGCUCCGGCUACCACUGAGGCCACUCCCGAGCUCAAGACCGCUGAGCCUACUGAGGCCACUCCCGAGGCUGUCCCCGAGACGACCGAGGCUACUGCCACUGAAGCUGUUCCUGCUACCGAGGCUGCUCCUGCUGAGGCUGCGCCCGAGUCGCCCAAGCCAAAGAGCCCUGGUCUCUUCUCUAAGCUCCUUGCUCCCUUCAAAGCUGAGAAGAAACCUAAGGCCCCUAAGAGCCCUAAGAAAGAGAAGAAGAAGGAAGAAGUUGAGCCUGUCGUCGCCGCUACUACCGAGGAGGCUCCAAAGCCAGAGGAGGUCAAGGAGGAGGCGCCUGAGCCUUCCACCUCUGAGGCUGCCCCAGCUCCCGUUGCCGAGCCCGUGGUAGCUAUCGUUGAGCCCGAGGACGCUGUCAAGUCCACUGAGACCCCAGCUGAGGAGGCUGCUCCUGCUACUGAGGCUCCCAAGGUAGAGGAAAAGAAAGCCGAUGAAAAGAAGCUUGAGGAGAAGAAGCCUUCCAAGGCAGGCCGCCGCCUUUCUGCUCGUGUUACUGGCUUCUUCAAGCCUAAGCACAAGCCUGAGGAGACCAGCCCCCUUCCCGCCAAGGUUGACGAGAACCCACCAAAGAUUGAUGAGCCUACCCCCGUUGCUCCUCUCGAGAACCCCACCGAGGAGGCGAAGACCGCUGAGGUUGCACCUGUCUCCACCGAGGAGGAGACUAAGCCUGCCGAGACCUCUGCUACACCUGCGGUUGCUACCACUGCGUAA